AUGGAUUUUCAAGCAAUUUCACCAAGACUAAGUAAGUUGAGAAUUAGGGGAAAGUUUUUUAACUACAGCCUUUUGUGUUGCCAUGCCCCUACAGAAGAUAAAUCUGAUGAAGAAAAGGAAACAUUUUAUGAAAUUCUGUCUAGAGCCUACAGUGGAUGUCCAAGACAUGAUGUGAAAAUAGUUAUUGGGGACAUGAAUGCUAAACUUGGAAAGGAAUUAGAAUACAGCUCUGUUCUUGGUAGAUAUAGCCUUCAUGAUUUGACAAACGACAAUGGAUGUAGACUGGUUGAUUUUGCGGUGGAGCAUGGGAUGAUUGUUGGAAGUACCUUAUUUUGUCAUAAACUAAUCCAUAAAGAAAAAUGGAAAGCACCAGGUGGUACAUGUUCAAAUCAAAUAGACCAUGUUUUGAUUGAUGCUAGACAUAGCUCAGACCUAAUUGACGUUAGAACAUACAGAGGUGCAAAUAUAGACUCUGAUCACUAUUUAAUUAUUUCCAGGAUUAGAGCAAGGCUUUCCAAUGCCAAGAAAGAACGGAUUGAGCCCCUAAAAACGUUUGAUUGUGAGAAACUUAAGAACACUGAAGUAAAAAAGGAAUAUGCUGAAUGUUUAGAAAAGCAUCUAACGGAAAUCAGUGAUAGCGACUCCAUAGAUGAAUACUGGAGAAAAAUAAAAGAAAGUGUUUGUCAUACAGCUAAAGCUGUAGUUGGAAACAUUGAACACAAGAAGGAUAAAGACUGGUAUGACGAUGAAUGUGCUGAACUCACAAAUAAGAAGAAUCAAGCAUAUAAAAUAAUGUUGCAGAGAAAUACCAGACAUAACUCAGAUGAAUAUAAAAGAGCUAGAAAAGAAGAAAAAAGGCUUCACAAAUUGAAGAAAAGAACUUUUGAAGAGGAGAACCUCAAAGACAUUGAUAAUCUCAAAACCAUCAAUGAAUGCAGAGCAUUCUAUAGAAAGGUCAAUCGUAGUCGUUCUGACUUUAAACCAAGUUCUGCUCUGUGUCGAGACAAGCAGGGUGAAAUCCUGGCUAACAAACAGGAUAUACUUUGUAGAUGGAUGGAACAUUUUGGUGACCUUUUAAACUCGGAGGAACCAGUGGAAGACCAUCGGCGCGACUCUACAGAUUUAAAUGAUAACGAAGUCAUCCCCCUCCCAGAUAGAGAUGAAAUUCAAUUUGCUUUAAAUAAACUAAAAAAUAAUAAAUCGCCAGGACAUGAUCUUAUUUCUGCAGAGUUGCUAAAAAAAAUGGAUGUCCUCAGCUAUAUGAGCACCUGCAUAAACUAA